ACACUUUCAAUCACUCAAUCAAUAAUUGAAUUGAAAUUUGUAAAUAAUAAAAUAAAUAAUUUAUUUAAUUUAUUUUAAGAAUUGAAUGCGAUGGAGAAUCACCACUUGUUGCACCCAUACAUUCAUCAUCAUCAUCAUCAUCCAUAUUUAAUCUUCUUCUUUCAUUCUCUCUCUAUAAUUUCUUCUUCUUCUUCUUCUAUCUAUCUAUGAUGAUGAUGAUGAUGAUGAUGAUGAUGAAAGUGAGAAACUUUAACUUCAAUCCAAAGCUAAAACAGUGAAAAAUAAACACCAAAAAAGCAAUAAAAAUCAUAUUUUUAUUUUCAUUAUGGAGUCAAAGGGUCUUCGUUUCAUGACCCACCAAUCAAUUUUCACCAUGGUUGGAUCUGGGAACCUUGAUGGGUUAAAGAAACUGUUAGAGAAGCUGAAAAACGAAGAUGAUGAUAAUAGUAAUAAUGGGUCAUCAUCAUCAUCAUCACCUAUCUCUGUUUCUGAUGUUAUGUCUCUUCAAAACGAUCAUGGUGAAACACCACUUUACAUAGCUGCAAACCAUAAUCUGAAGGAAGUUUUCACCUUUUUGCUCAAAUUGUGUGAUUUUGAGAUUCUCAAGAUUCGUUCCAAGUCUGAUAUGAACGCUUUUCAUGUUGCAGCUAAGCGUGGCCAUUUGGAAAUUGUGAAGGAGAUUUUGAGUGCCUUUCCCGAGGUUUGUAAGUUGUGUGACUCGUCAAACACCAGCCCUUUAUAUUCUGCUGCAGUUCAAGACCACUUGGAUGUAGUAAGUGCUAUUUUGGAUGUUGAUGUCAGCUCUAUGUUUAUAGUUAGGAAAAAUGGAAAAACUGCACUACACAAUGCUGUUAGGUAUGGCGUCCUUCGUAUUGUGAAAGCACUUAUCUCCCGUGAUCGAGGAAUAGUCUGUAUCAAAGAUAAAAAAGGUCAAACUGCACUUCAUAUGGCUGUUAAAGGACAGAGUACAUCAGUGGUGGAGGAGAUAUUACAAGCUGAUCCUACAAUAUUGAAUGAACGAGAUAAGAAGGGUAAUACCGCUCUUCACAUGGCUACGAGGAAAGGCCGGUCACAGAUAGUGAGCCUUUUGCUAAGCUACUCAGCUGUGGAUGUUAAUGCCAUCAAUAAGCAACAAGAAACAGCCUUGGAUUUGGCCGAUAAACUUCCAUACGGAUCUUCAGCUUUAGAAAUCCAAGAAGCACUUUCAGAAUAUGGUGCUAAAUAUGCAAGACAUGUUGGCAAAGUAGAUGAAGCCAUGGAACUUAAAAGAACUGUGAGUGAUAUAAAGCAUGAGGUGCAGUCACAACUCAUACAAAAUGAAAAAACUCGCCGACGAGUUUCUGGUAUAGCUAAGGAAUUGAAGAAACUUCAUAGAGAAGCAGUUCAAAACACCAUUAACUCUGUCACAGUUGUUGCUGUCCUUUUUGCCUCGAUAGCAUUCUUGGCUAUAUUCAAUUUACCGGGUCAAUAUAUUACGGAAGGACCACAGGCAGGAAAAUCUAACAUAGCUGAUCAUGUUGGAUUCCAAAUUUUCUGUCUCUUGAAUUCGACGUCUCUUUUCAUUUCCCUCGCAGUUGUUGUUGUUCAAAUCACUUUGGUUGCUUGGGACACAAGGGCUCAAAGACAGAUUGUGUCGGUCGUUAACAAGUUAAUGUGGGCUGCUUGUGCUUGCACAUGCGGUGCUUUUCUUGCAAUAGCUUUCGAGGUUGUUGGAAAGAAAAAAUGGAUGGCUAUUACCAUAACUGGUUUGGGCAUACCAAUUCUAGUUGGGACUCUAGCAAGUAUGUGUUACUUUGUUUUUCGACAACAUUUUGGCAUUUUCCAAAGUGAUUCCCAGAGACGAAUCAAGAGAGCGAGUGGAAGCAAAUCUUUCUCGUGGUCUUACUCUGCAAAUAUAUCAGAUUUGGACGAAUACAACUCGGACAUUGAGAAGAUCUAUGCUCUGUAAGCUAAGCAAUCAUGUCUUGCCACGCAAUACAAGACUACACUGGAUAUGUAUAGUAUAGUCCAAAUAAGUUUUAACAAUUAUCAAUAUAUUAUAAAGUUAUAAUCAUUUUGAUAUAGUAAAAAUGCUAAUGAGGAUCAGAAUAAUCAAAAUAUCAAUGAUUAUAAUUUUAUAAUAUAUAUAAGUGGUUGUUAAAAGUUAGUCACUUUAGGGAGAAAAAGUCAUUUGGAGUAUACUAUACUUUCCUGGUAGCUGCAGCACCAUACUGCAGUUGUAGAUGUGGAGAUGUAGAUGAUCUAAUUUUCUAUUUCAACCUUCUAACUGAAACCUGAGGAGUUUCCCUAUGGUGAUAAUGUUUGCUUAAUAAGAUUCAUCUCUCUAGUUAUCAGUUUGAAGUUUUAGGUUGAGUUUACCUUUUCUAAUGUUUGUGAUUAUAAUUAAUAAUCAGCACUUGUAUAUUAUUGUAUAUGUGAUAAAAGGGAAAGGCAUUUAUGUAA